AUGUGCAUAAAAGAUCUCACACGGGGGAGAAGCUGUUUUCCUGUCCUGAGUGUGGAAAAUGUUUUUUUCAUGCAUGUCCCUUCUUUCCAUACAUCAGAGAUCUCACACAGGGGGAAAAGCCAUAUUCCUGUCCUGAGUGCGGGAAAUGUUUUUCAGAGAAGUCCAAUCUUUACACACAUCAGAGACAUCGAAGAUGUCACAUGGGGGAGAAGACAUUUUCCUGUCCUGAGUGCGGGAAAUGUUUUUCAGAGAAGUCCAGUCUUUCCAAACGGAAGACAUUUUCCUGUCCUGACUGUGGGAAAUGUUUUUCACAAAAGUCCAAUCUUUGCAGACAUCAGAGAUGUCACACUGGGGAGAAGUCGUAUUCCUGUGCUGAGUGCGGGAAAUGUUUUUCACAGAAGUCUCAUCUUCACACACAUCAGAGAUCGCACACGGGGGAGAAGCCGUAUUCCUGUUCUGAGUGCGGGAAAUGUUUUUCAGAGAAGUCCUAUCUUCCCAAACAUCAGAGAUCUCACACAGGAGAGAAGCCGUAUUCCUGUCCUGAGUGCGGGAAAUCUUUUUCUUAUAAGUCACAUCUUUACACACAUCGAAGAUGUCACAUGGGGGGAGAGACAUUUUCCUGUACGUAGUGCGGGAAAUCUUUUUCAGAGAAGUCCAAUCUUUCCAAACAUCAGAGAUCUCACAUGGGGGAGAAGCCAUAUUCCUGUCCUGAGUGCAAGAAAUCUUUUUCUAAUAAGUCCAGUCUUUACACACAUCGAAGAUCUCACACAGGGGAGAAGCCGUAUUCCUGUCCUGAGUGCGGGAAAUGUUUUUCACAGAAGUCCAGUCUUUCCAAACAUCAGAAAUCUCACAUGGGGGAGAAGCCAUAUUCCUGUGCUGAGUGCGGGAAAUGUUUUUUCAGAGAAGUCAAAUCUUUCAAAACAUCAGAGAUCUCAUACGGGGGAGAAGCCGUAUUCCUGUCCUGAGUGCGUGAAAUGGUUUUCAGAGAAGUCCAAUCUUUCCAAACAUCAGAGAUCUCACACGGGGAAGAAGCCAUAA